AUGAACAAUCCAGACCACGAUCCCAUCAUGGCCAUUCAAAUCAACUGCUUCCAUUGCGGCGGAAUUGCAAUUGCAGUCUGCGUCACUCACAAGCUCGGCGACAUUUCCACUCUCAUCAACUUCGUCAACGACUGGGCCGCCAUCACCAACCACUACCAACAUCAGAACCACCCACUACCCUCUCCGCCCUUACUGGACGCCGGAGUGUCCGUUUUUCCUCAAGGAGACCUGCCGGUUUACCAAGAAAGACCCUACUUCUGUCACCCGAAAUCGGUCUGCAAGAGGUUCGUGUUCGAAGCUUCGAAGAUCGAAGCCCUUAAAGCCACGGCUGCACCGAUUCAUCCGACAAGAUUUGAAGCGGUGACAGCACUGAUUUGCAAGUGUGCGGCUUCUGCACUGGGGUUAAGCCCUAACUCGCCGUUGUUAAGCAGCGUUGCGGUGAAUCUCCGCAAGAGGAUGGAUCCUCCUGUUCCGAGCAAAACCUUAGGGAACAUGAUAACGUACUUCCUAUUUUACGCCUCUCAGACGGAUCAGCUAUCGGAGUUGGUAAGCAAGAUGAAACAGAGGAUGGUUGGUUGUGAGAUGCAGUCGAAGAAGUAUGGAGGAAAGUACAGGGACUUGGAUUUCAUCGGCGAGAUACUCAAACGAGUCUCGGAGGCUCCCAGGGAUUUAAAGUUUGAAUUGAUGACACUUUCCAGUUGGUGCAGGUUUUCAACGUACGAGGCGGAUUUUGGGUGGGGGAAACCGGUGUGGAUAGCGUCCGUUUUGAAUUUAAAGAACGGUGUGCUUAUUAUGGAUGCGAGAGAUGGGAAAGGGAUGGAAGUGUUUGUGAGCAUGGAAGAGCAGGACAUGGCAAGGCUUGAGUGUAACCAAGACCUGCUUCAAUAUGCUUCUGUUGAACCUUCCGUUCAGCUCUACCACCAAGAUGAUCUUUCAACUUUCAACGUCUAA